GAUAUGAGUGACAAUAAAAAGACCGCAAUGAGAAGGAGCAACAGUAUAGAUGCUUUUUUUGAAAAGCAAAAGAAAAAGAAGAGACAGUCAAAGUCUUCAUGUGUAGCGCAAGCAAGUGACGGGGGCCUAUCAUAUAUCUCAUCCAACGACGAUGACAGUAUCAGUGCAACACAUCUAAUCAAAAUAGACAUCUAUGACAUGAAGAGUCUUAAAGAUGUUUCGCCUCUUGAAUACUGGAAAUAUGCAGAUUUGCGAUUAAAGUACUACGUUGAAUCUGCUGGUGAUAAGCACUAUCAAAGCAUGCGAGAUAUUAUAUACAACAUUACAAAGCAAAUCGCUGGGAAGCAUGACUGUAAAAAAUACUUUAUUGACAGAGAUAACCAGAAACAAUAAGUAUUCUCUGAACCAGCGGUCGGUAAACAUCACAAAGUAAAAAGACCCUCUAUACGAACCCAUGAAAACUUAAGUGCUUAUUACCUGUAUUUUAAAAAUAUUUUUCUUUAUCUAUUUGCUAUCCCCACUGCUUCAUGCAAGCGAAACUAAUAUAAAAGCUAUCCUUUUUCUUAAAUGUACUUCAUAUUCUAAGUUACCACACAAAACUGCACAAUGACUGUCGAACUCAACGACUUUGUUUACGAAGAAGAAAUGGUUGAGCUAUGUCAAGCAGCGGAAGUUGAAUUUGACUUAGUGAACCUGUGUAUACAAGUAGAAACCGAUCAAGCUGCUUUAUCAAGACAAAGUGGAGGAGGUGUAAAAAGAAAAAUUGCUGUCACAAAAUAUUCUUCGAGUAAGCGUCCAUUUUCUCAAGAGCCUUCAACAUCUGCUGCGGUGGUAACAACGAACCCAAUACAGGAAGAAACAACUACAUCUGUAAGUUCUACAAACAAUAAUACUAUCGAAUGCCCUAACUGCAAAGUAUAUGUUAACAGAAAAUAUUAUACCAAUCAUCUUAAAAGCAAGACUCAUAGCAAAAAUGUUCUAAGUUUAAAUCCCAACUUAAAUAAUGUUCAAUUAAUAGAAACUGCUUUCGGACGGCGGAUAGUAACGUACAGAAUCCCCAAUUCCACUAACACUAAUUCUAUAUUCGAAACUCCUGAGCACUUUCUUAACAUAAUUAAAAAUACUGUGUCUGUCAUACAAGUUGUGCAGAAAAGUUUGAAACCCCCAAAUUUAUUCCCAUAA